CGACGCGACGCGCUCGUGACGUCGUCCCAGCCAGCACGCAGCAGCCAGCAGCCUCAGCCCUCGCUCCAGCAGAACGCAGCCCAACAGCUCGCAGCUGAGACCUGCCUUGCCCAAGUAGCCGAAGCAGACCAUCUCACAGGCCAUGUCGGAAGCUCCAGGCGCAGCAGCCACUGUGCGCGAGCAGGACGUCGUGUGUGCGCUGCUGCACCGGCCUGCAUCAAGCUCAGGAGCAGGCGCCUUUGAGGUGCUCGUCACGCUGCGGCCGCUCUCGACGCACACCUUUCCCGGGCUGUGGGAGUUCCCCGGCGGCAAGACCGAUGCUGGCGAGACGCACGCCGAGGCACUGGCGCGCGAGUGCCGCGAGGAGCUGGGCGUGGAUGUCAUCGUGGGCGCCGAGGCGUGGCGCUUCGACGCCGAACCACGCCUCAACGAGCACGGCGAGACGAUGCACUAUCGGCUGCUCUUCUUCUGGACUACGCUCAAAGAUCCCGAUGCUGCGCCAAGGCCGCUGGCGUCGGAUGAGGUGCGCUGGCUGGCGCCUGCUGCACUGCCAACCCUGCCCUUCUGCCCCGGUGACGAAGGCCUCAUCGCUGGCCUUGUCUCUGGCACGCUGCUCCCACAAUGAUACAUCUGCUUC